AUGUUUUGGCGAUUCGGGGGGUACGCAACCAUUUCCACGGUCGAUACCCUACUGGACAAGCCCGAUGUCAGCCUCGAGGAGCUAUUGGAUGAGGCGGAGCUUAUCUCCGAGCUCAAACAACACAACACGAAGCUCAUUGAGUAUUUACGCGAAGACCACAUCUUGAAACGAUUGAUGGAAUAUGUCGUUGCCCCGCCACUGAUCAACGAAGAAGAUGACGACGACGCCGCCGAUGAGCCUGAUUCAGCUGCUCGACAAGGCGAUGACGAACCAAGCGAAGAGAAGGAGAAGCAUGAUCUACUGGACCCGGAAGACCUCGAUAGAGCCGAAAAGCAACGCUCAAAGUUUGCCUACAUUGCCUGCGAGAUUCUCUCGUCCGAGACAUGGUCGAUUUUGGAAUCCAUUAUGCUCAAUGAGGCUUACCUUCGAGACUUUUGGGCCUUUGUGAAGCGGCCGGCACCGUUGGACUCGCUCCAAGCGGGCUACUUCACUAAGGUCAACGAAGUCCUCUUCGACAAGAAGACUGAGGAAAUGUUGGAUUUUUUCAAGUCCUUACCCGACAUUAUUCCUUCCAUUCUCCAGCACAUUGAUAAUCCUAUGGUCAUGGAUUUGCUCUUGAAGAUUAUCAGUCUGGAGAAAGUGGAAGGCGGCCAAGGAAUCGUAGAUUGGCUCAAGAAUAAGGAUUUAAUUCCCACGCUCCUCUCGUAUAUAUCUUCCGACUAUCCAACUUCGGUACAGACCUCCGCUGGUGACUUCCUCAAGGCGAUCAUCACUAUUUCUGCCAACGCCACGCAAAGUGAACAGUCCUGCAUCGGCCCCAACAGCCUCACCCGACAGUUGGUAUCGGCUGAACGCGUGGAACAGCUCAUUCGGCUUAUGCUGCUGGGAGGAAACUCGCUUACUGUUGGUGUCGGUAUUGUCAUUGAAGUAAUCCGCAAGAAUAACUCGGACUAUGACCCCGAUACUGCCGGUGGUCCCGAUUCCUCGCCAAGUCUAUACGACCCUAUCUACCUGGGAAUCCUACUCCGCCAGUUUUCGACUCAUAUCCCAGACUUCAUGGAUUUGAUUGUCAGUCCUAAGCACUCGGUAAUCGUGGAUGGCAAGGCUACAAUGGUAGAUCGUGGACAGCUCAAGGCUUCUUGGGGCAACAAAAUUGAGCCUCUGGGCUUCGAUCGCUUCAAGACGUGCGAGCUGAUGGCAGAGCUCCUUCAUUGCAGUAACAUGGGGUUGCUGAACGAGGUCGGUAGUGAGGAAUAUAUUCGACAGCGCGAUCUUGAACGGGAAAUGCUUGUGAGACAAGGCGCUUUUGAUAUUAACAGGGAUCACGAUUCUAGCGCUGAAUAUAAUGAGAAUGAGGGUGAUUUCGGACAAGAUUCUACUGCCGAGUCCCAGUCUAGAGCCCCCGGUGCGGCGAAUCCUAGCGAUGAUGACGGUUUUGAAGAUGUCUCUUCUUCCGGAGUUUUGGUUGAGGGCGCAGAUGCGGCUGCAAGGAACACGAAUACAGCAGCCAAGCAAACUGAAGGGCACACCCAACCACCUGGGCUGCACAUUGAAGACAGUAUUGUUGAAGAAACCUUGAAUGAUCUGUCUGGUAGCUCCAAGAUCGAGUCUUCGACUCCCAUUGAGCCCUCCGUCGGCCCCUUGUCACCUACCGAGGCCGGCGUCACUGAAAAAGUGGGCGAAAUCGCUUUAGAAAAUCAAAGCUCGGCUGUGAAUAUACCGGCCGGGGCAACAAGCCAGCAAUCGCCAGUGUUGUCUCCCCACGCCGAGGACACGCCUGCGCCAUUGUUUGCUCCUCCAAACCAAGAAGAGCAAGACGUGCAAGCUGUUCCGGAUAAUACAUCGACUGAAACGCCUGUGGGAACUGAGACUCCCGGCAAUGUUGACAGUAAUCCCAUCGAAGACGAGUACACCCCUCAGAUUCAAUACGAUGCUCCUGGACAGCCUGUAGUGGGUGACUUUUUGAAAAUUCAGUUUGUGGAGCACAAGGUUGUUCCUACUAUUCUGGGAUUUUUCUUCCGGUUUCCUUGGAAUAACUUCCUACAUAAUGUGGUCUACGACGUUGUUCAACAAGUCUUCAAUGGGCCGAUGGAUCGCGGUUUCAAUCGAUCACUAGCUAUAGAUCUGUUUCAUACCGGAAGCAUUACAGAAAGGAUUGUGGAAGGCCAAAAACGCAGUGAUGAAUCUCAAUCUACGAGAAAUAUGAGACUAGGAUAUAUGGGCCAUCUAACUUUGAUAGCCGAGGAAGUCGUCAAAUUUACUGAACGACACCCGCCUGAGAUCCUCUCCCAAACGGUCAUGGACAAAGUGCUCCAUAAUGAUUGGAUUGAGUACGUCGAGAGUACCUUAUCUGAGACACGAGAACGUGACAAUGCUAUUUUGGGUGGCGUGCGCCCCGACAUAAUGGGCCAUCGCCAAGCUGUUAUGAAUGCCGUUGGCACGGCGCAAGGACUGACUGGGUCCAAUGCUCUCGCAAACGCCGGAUUGAAUGGGGGGGGUGGAGGAGGCAAUGGGUAUAGCUUCGAGAAUUUCGAUUCAAUGACUCAUGGAAGUGCCUCUAGCGGAGCUUUCGGUCUGGGAGGCAGCAGUUCUCUUUUGAGCGGAUUCGGAAGCUCCAGUGACGACGAAGACGAGGAUAUGGAGGACCAAGAUGACGAGGACCUCAGGGAUACGACAGACAGCACCGCAGGCGGCGGAUCCGAAAAUGUGUCAAGCUCGUCGAGCCAGCCUAUUCCAAUACUUGCUCCCCCUCCUGCCCCUCUGAAUAUUGUACCAUCACGGGCACGACGUCAAUUAGCUGCACGGUUGGCCCUGCAUAAACAGCAAGCCGAGGCCGCGCAGAAUUCUGAGGGCUCGUCAAGAGCAAACGAUGUGCAUGAAAAUGACGAGCAGUGGCAAUCGAAUCCGUUUGUCAUUGCCGGCUUGGAAGACGACAACACUGCCUCUGCGGGACCCGCCGCGACCGAAUUCACAGCGGUCGAGAGUAAUGAAAGCCCACCUUCACCGACAUUUCACACCGGGUUCACGCCCCCCAAGUCGCCCUCCACCAAUUCUUCCGACGAAGCAGCCGAGGAGGUGAACGAGACUGUGCGGCGCAAGGUCCGAGUUCCUCUCGAGGUCGAUGACGAUGAUGACGAGUACGGCGAGUUCCGAUCUGGCGAUAUAAGAGACUCGGACGAGGAAGAGGAAGCCAUUAUCAACGAAUCACUCGGCUAUUCAAGUUUCUUUGGGCCUAGUCGGUACGGCGGAUACAACCGGCCUUAUGGAAGAGAUGGAUUUGACGAUGACGAGGGCAACGACAGCAGUGAUGGAGAAGACGGGCUGGUUGAAAUCUUAGUACCUGGCCGAAAAUCGACCUCGUCGAAUUAA